AUGAAUACCCCUGCCCCCGACGCUGACAACAACGAUGAGCACCACCACUUCCAACAGCAGACAGAGAGCAAGACGCCGCCGAAUGUGACGGUGACACCGCCGCAGAGCCUGUCUCCCACGUCGUCUGGCAGCACGAGCAGUGCAAGCAGCCGUUGUUCAUCUGAGGGCAGCAGCAGCAACAGCACGCCCAAAUCGUCGUUUGAAGCGUUCUUCGCCACCCGGUCGCGCGUCGUCUGGCUUUACAAUCUACCUCCCAUGGCCGAAACGUUUCUUGGAUCUGUAUUUUAUUCCGGAGCAGGGAAGGGGAACAGCAACAGCAGGAUUUCGAUGCCGGUACCGGCGACGAUGUGGGAGGAGCGUUGUAGCGGAGUUCGGAAGGGAGUGUGGGCAGUUUUCGGGUCGCAUGAAGAGGCCUGUCUCGCGCUUACCCUGGGCGGUCAUAACUUGUCCGUCGCAACCGCCCUAGAAAAGGAUUUGGAGCCUUUCCACAAGCUCAAGCCUUUUCUCCUCUUGCCGAUGCCUUCUGAACCUCGUUCCUCUUCUUCAACCACCAUGCUACGUCUCUCCGCAUCCCACCCGGAUCUCUCAUACACACUCUCCUCAAACCCGCCAAACCCCAAAACAAGCUUCCGAUUUGGGGACUGGAUCUGCCCACAGCCGAAAUGUGCCGCGCACAACUUUGGCCGCAACCUCUCCUGCAUCGGUUGUGGGUGUCCUCGUUCUGGCAACGGCACCAUCAUCCAACCCCAGAACAACGUCCUACAACUACCCUCUCCCAGAUUCGCUUCAGCUGCUAAUACCGACAUGUCUACGGUCUACUAUUCUUCCGCUCAGCCGAAUCACCAGCAACACCUCAAUGUUCCAAAUCUGUUCGAGGAUUAUGCUCGCUCGAGACAGCAGUCCCAGUCUCAGGCUGCUGCUGUCGCUGCUGCCACGCAGGUUCAACCUGGUCCCCACCACCCUCAACAUCAGGUUCCUCCACGCGCCGCCGCAGGCAUCCCUCCCAAGCCUACCCACCCCAUCCUAACUCCGUCAGGCCGCGCCUUUGCCAUUGGUGGGAAAGUUCAAAAUAUCAGCAGUGACCCUCUGUCACCUUGUAUCAUGUACUGGCCCGACAACGAACCUUUCCCAGAACAAGGCCAGAUCAGACCCAGCAACGUCGUCGGCGUCACACAGCCGCCUAUCCUCAACACGGGUAACCGAGGUCCUAUCUCUCACCAACCCGGAGAUUGGAUCUGUCAAAAAUGCAACUAUCUGAACUGGAGGAGGAGGAAAGUGUGUCAAACGUGUCUUCCAUACGCUGAAGGUAACGGUGACUCUAUCUCCGCCGCGGUACAAGCCGAGCGCAUUGCCCUCCUCACCCAGGUCCUCAGUCAAACCCAACUCUCCUCCGUCCACCCUGGUGCACUUCCCACAUCACCCAGUUCAAAUGUCAGCAACCAUGGUGGGGUGGGAUUCCCUUCAAUGAUGCAGGCGCCUACGUCGUCGCAUACGUCAACUGGGCCCGGUGCUACCACCAAUAGCGCUUCGAAUUCCCCGACAUCGACAAUGGCUACUGCUCCCGGCGGAUCUGCGCACUCAAUGCCAUUGCCCCCGAUCUACUCGAAUCGGAGCAACACGCUCACUCCGCCACAGGUUCGCAGGAAUGCUGCCAGCUUGCAUGCGAAGGAUCGGGAGAGGGAGAGAGAGGGCGUGUUGAAUCUUGUGCAGCAUCAGCAACACUUGGCGCGUCAGCAGCAGCAGCUCGGUGGCGGAAUGGAUGGUGGGAUGUUGCCUCAUCAUCGGGACACAAACCUCAACAAUCGCGCUCUGCACCGCGCUCAGUCGCAUUUGGCGUUGCAGCUAGAGAGGGAGCGCGCUGAUAAUCGGUUGCAGGCACCUAACCCUAUGGUGUACUCGACUGCUAGCCCGAUUUACCAGACUUCGGGUGCGAGGAAUACGAGGUUGUCGCCUUCGCCGUUGAUGCCAAUGAGGGAGUUGGGACAAGCGGGUGGUCUUCACCCUCAGCAUCAGCAGCAACCAUCGGCCUUGCACCACCAGUUGCACCGCGAGCCUUCCCCGCUCUACUCGACUGGCCCACCUCUGACUCCGUUCGGUCAGCCCAUCACCACGAACGCGAACAAUGGCUUCAACUGCGUUAUCGGGUCCAACGCCCAAGGCAACCUGAGCCGCGUUAGCUUGGGGUCCAACGCGUCCUCGCUCGGGCCUGGCUCUGGUGGCUCGGGUUCAUCCUCGACCUCUGUUUCCAACCGCGCGAGUCCCAUUGGUAUUCCCAUCCCCAGAUCCAACGGUGAUUCGAACCAAAGUGGACACCCGGAAGCGCCUCCUCCCCUUCUUCCCUCGUUCCUCCAAGAUAUCGUCCAAUCGCCUUCCUUGAGUCCGACCUCGACAACGACUCUUUCGAGUUCGGCUGAGCUCUCCUCUGUCGAGGACGAUGCUAUCGAUUUCAGGUUUACUGAAUUUGGUGGACCGAGGAUCCGUAGUGGGAGCGGUGCGAGUGGUACCAGCGGGAGUGAUGCGAUUACGCCGUACGCAUCCAUGGCUCCUGGCGUUGUGGACUCGAAGGUUCCUUCAUCUACGGAUUUUCUGACGCCGACGAGUGGUGGGGGCUUGCCGACUUCGAGGUAUAUGAGGCCGAGGGUUUCGAGUGGCUCGAGUGAUUCGGCAGGGAGUGUGAAGAGUGGGGCGGCCGCUAGUAUCUGGAAGAUGGAUGGGGAGGAGAGCAAGAGCUUGGGUGUGCCGAGUGGUGUCUCGGUUAGUCCCGAGGGCUAUCUGUCGUAA